AGUUUGUCAAAAACUAUUAAUGAUGACCUCAGUCAGAUGGCUUCUGAAUCUGUGAGGUUGUUGACAGGACGUUGGUUCCACUCCGGUUUCAGUGUGUUUGAGCUGCUGGAUCCGGUGAGUGAGACCGUUGCCGGGCCUACAAGGGAUGAAACCGGAUGGGGUUGCCAUGGAGCCCACAGAAGCUGUAGGAGCCGAGCCCUCGGCACAGGGGAUGGCCACCGACGAGAUGCCCGCCCAGCCAGCCCCUUCAACUUCCCCGUCCCCUCCAUCACAGCCCGAAGACACCCAAAACACCACAGCGCAGCCUGAAAACCCCACAGCACCCCCUGUGUCCAAGGAGGUCAAUGGGGCCAAUGGCAAGGCGGCAGCUGAUCCCAAACCCAAGGCUAAGACCACGGGCUUGGCUAAACCGCGGCCAGGCACAGCUGGCACCAAGGCCACAACUGGUCCGGCAUCAGGACCCAGCACUUCUCGUCCGGGCACGGCCCCAAGCCACAUGACCAAUGGAUUAAAGUCCUCAGCCAGUGACCUGGCCAAGAAAGCAGCUUUGGACAAAAAGAAGACCACCACCACAGCUGGAGCACCGGCGUCGGCUGCAGCCACAAAGAGGUCCGUGGGGCCGGCUGCCGCUUCCACUGUCAGGACCCAAACUAAGGUGGCUGACAGGAAGGCUGUCGGAGUCCCCAGGUCCACCUCUGCUACCAGGCCAACCAACGCUACAUGGACUGCGGCGAUGGGUCCUGGCACUCCAACGAGGAGACCUCCUGCUGCUGGUCCCAUUAAUGGGGCCGGGGCCAGACCCAAAACCACAGCUUCCAGACUUGCAGCCUCAGCUGCCCCCAAGCCUUCCAGCACUUCAGCCACAGCCAAACCCGAUAGGACGACGGUUUCCAAGGCAACCAGGCCUGCCACUGGCCUGUUGAUGGGCACAUCCAAGCCAGCCGCUGCCGGCUCCAGCAGACCUGCAGCUUCCAGAGUCGGCGCCACAGCCCCCUCUACUGGCAGGACUACCACAGUGCAGGCACCCAAACCUCCAGGCCCUGCCAAGAAAGAUGUCAGCAGACCAGCAACCACUGCCGCAGCCAGAAAGCCGGCAACAUCCGCCACUACCAAAACAACCAAACCUGACCCCCCUAAAGCGACUGCAGCCUCCAGACCCGAGCCCGCCUCCAAAAGGCCCCAUCCCACUAAGGCGACAGACACCAAGCCAGCCCGCCCUAAAUCACAGGACCCCAAGCCCCUGCCCACACGUAAAGCCCCUCCCACCACACGGCCCCCUGCCACCCGACAGCCCCAGGGCAAGACCCCCCCUGCCUCCCCCAGCAACAAGCCCGUGGGCAGCACCAUCUCCCAGUCGGUCAAGCAAGCCUCCAAACCAACCCAGUCUGUCCUGCCCUUCACUGCCAGACCUGGAACUCCCAAGUCUGCAGCUGCAGCAGCGGCUGCUGUGGCAACAGUCGCCGUGACAGCCGCAGCAGAGCCAGAAGUGGCAGCUUCAGAAGUCCCAGCACCAGUGUCUGUGUUUUCACCAGCAGUGGCCCUGGAGCCCAGAGAAGAGGUUUCAGCCCCAACUCCUCAGGAUACUACUUCUCCAUCUCCACCACAGAGCCCACUCAGGCUGGCUCCCGCUCCACCACAGGGCUCACUAGUCACUGUUGCCAAGGAUGAGACGUCUGAACGACCAGAGACCGUCCCAGCAGCCCCGACACAGCCAGCACCAGACCAGACCUUACCCCAGGACAUCCCCACAGCAGUUGCUAGGGCUACACCCAGCCCUCCGGAUUCCUCAGAGAAAGCCCAGCUCAACAUGGAUGAAGAAGAGGAUGAGGAGAGGGAGGGCAGCCAGCAGGUGUCUGUGUCAGAAAUGAGCGGCACCCAGCCCACAGAAGAGUCCAGGCCUGGCUCAGCCGGCCCUGCGGGCUCGGGGUGGCGUGCAGGCGGUGCCCUGCUAUCGGAGCUGGACUCUGAGGAGGUGAGCUGCAGCCAGCAGGGGGUGUCGGAGCUGAGCGCCCCGGGCGUCCUGGAGGGCACAGAGAGCAUGGAUGACCUAGGAGACGCCAGUCUGAAGGGUGCCAUCGACAUGGAGGGCAUGUCUGCCUCGGCCGGCUCGCCUGACUUUGAGAAGGUGCCCGACAUCCCGACCAAUGAUUUUGAUGACUACGAUGAAGACGGAGACCGGGUGUGCGACAUGGAGGUGGGUUCGGAACGGGCGGAUGACCCGAGAAGAGUGAGGCAUGACGAGGAUGAGGAUGAUGAAGAUGUGGAGAUGGCCAGUGAGGGGGUGACAGAGAGCGGGCUGGAGAGCUACGGGAAUGCAGACGAGGAUGACUUUGCGGAGGAUGAGAGACUGGACAACCUGAACCAAGCCCCGCCUGCCCCGCUGCUGCCCUCUGCCCUGGCUGCCCAGUGGGACCAACCCAACCCCAGCUCCUUUUGUGACCCUUGGGCCCAGCCGCACCCCCUGCAGACCCCUACCAGCCCCUCUUCAGACCCCUGGCAUGCUGAUAUGAAGACACCCACCCGGUGCUCCGCUCAGCCCUGGCUGCAGCUGGCUGCCACACCAUUUGUUCCAGCCCUGCACGAGCCCUCACACCAGCCUGCCCCUUCAUCUCCACUUGAAAAAGAGACCCUAGCCCCGUUGCAGUCCCUGUCCCUCAUAGCUGCCUCCGGAUGCGGCAUGUCACACUCCAGCACCCUAAGCGCUACGGAGCUGGCUGUCCACAGCAGCAGCGAGACCAGCACCACAGAGGAGCUCUGUGACUACAACAGCAGCUCCGGGGUGGAGUCCCGCUCUGAGGGGGGGAAGCUCCACACCCUGCCUGCCGCCCUGUUCCCCGUGCUCUCCCUUCAGCCUGAAUUGGAGGACCAGGACCUGGGAAUCCACUUGGAGAGAGAGGACGGAGAGGGGGAGGAGGCAGAGACCCUGCCAGCCAACGAGGUCCCAGGGGACCCCGCCACAGCACCUACGUCCAACCCCUCGUCCUCCACCACAGAGGAUGAGGCCAGCGACACGGAGGGCGAGGCCCAGCUGGAUGAGCCUGGCCAGGGCAUCCACAAUGCCACCUUUGACAGCAAGCCCGGCGCCCAGCGCUGCCUGUCUGCCCUGGAGGAAGGGGAGGAGACCAGCGGUGUAGAAGAGGGUGGAGACACCCCCCAGUCUGCCAACUCGGUGGCAUCCUAUGCCUACGACAUGACGGCGUCCAACUCCAAUACCCACUCCACGGCUGAGAGCUGCGCCAAGAGCCCCGGCAUCUUCUCUCUGGAGGAGCUGCCUGAGGAGGCCAAGGACCCGUCGCUCAUCCAGGAGCUGACCCUGCCGCCGCCCCAGCAACAGGCUGCCUCGGCAGACUCUAUUCUAGUCUCCAACCCAGAGGAGCAGCAGUACAUGUUGUGUGGGACACUUGAGGCAGAGCUGGGGGACACGGGGGAUCUGAAACCCCUGGACCCCGGGCUGUUCGCGGCCCCCCAGCAGCCCGGGGAGGGCCCCCGUGUCACCCAACCGCCCUACUACUCCACUGUCUGUGAAAACACUGAGAACUCUCUCACAGGGCUCAACGCGCUCCCCCAGCCACACUACCGCCGUGACCACCACCCCAACCCCCACUGUGACCUCUUGACCCCACCCAGGCUGACCUGUGCUGACCUGCCCCCCCGGAGCCCUUGCCUGCAGGCCAGCCCCCAGCUCCGCAGACUGGAACGGCACCAGCAACAACUACUAGAGCUGCAGCAAUGCAGAGAACAGCAGGGAAAACCCAAAGAAGAAAACGAUGAAGAGGCGAGGAAGAAGAGCGAGCAGGAGAAGGAAAUUAAGAAAAAGGAGGCGCCGCAGGAGGAGGAGACGCUGAGGAGGGAGGAGGUGGAGCAGAGACAGCAGAUCAUGCAGUGGCAGCAGGAGCUGGAGGAGCAGGCACAGCAGAUGUCACCGCAACAACAGCCCAAAAAAGUUCAGGCAACAGUGCUGCUUUCGCCUUCCUCUGGUCUCCAUACCAUUUAUGAAGCCCUGGAGAGUGAUGAAGAGGGGAAGGAAAUUGAGGUUAAUGUCCAGCUCAAACAACGUGAAGAAGCCCUGCUGGAGAAAGAGGAUGACAGUAACAGCGACCGUCGAGAGGUAUUGGACGAAGCCGAUAGCAACUCCACUUCCACUCUCAGUCCCUCUCCAGACUCCCCCGAGCAGGAAGAGUCCCGGGAUGUCUCCCCAGAAUGUCCCCCUCCCCUGGACCUGGACUGGGGGAAGAAAGUUGACAUUGUCCAGCAGCUGAUCAACCAGACCCUGCUGCUGACGGGCGACGGCUGCUCCUCCCUGCUCUUGCUGCCCGGGGGCAGAGGAGGCACCUUGAGCCCCCUGGAGGCCAGCCUGUGGCCCAACCUGCUGCCCCCCCUCACCCCUCCCUCAGCCACGGUCACGUCGGUCAGCAGCUUCUCCCCGGAGGCCCCCGGCCAGUCCCCCCAGGGCGAGUGGACAGUGGUGGAGCUUGAGACCCACCACUGAGGUGUGUGUGUGUGUACACACAGUGAAGACUCACCACUAAUGGUCGCACACAAUGUUAUUCAAGGUCUGUCAGUCACAUCACUGCUGUACACAACACCACCUCUUACCUCUCCUUGCCAUUCAACACCACUGCAAAUACAACACUACUGUUUGAUACACUGAACUUAUACCACUGUGUCCUCAAACAUGAUACCUUUUGAAUGGGUGGCAAAGGACACUGACACCACAGUCAUAUCAAUCACAGACUGACUCACACUGGAAUUUUACACCUCUCUCAUGCCAAAACAAUCAUGUUAGGUUACACACUAACAGUCCCAGAAGGCUACUACCUUGAUUAGGCUGGUUGACUGAAGCUUCUGGACCAGCUAUUUGGGUAGAAUAGUGACAACUUGUUAGCCAUGGUCCAUUUUACUGAAACCAAAACGACUGGAUUCAUCACACACGCAAUAUGUUCAGGUGGGGGCCCUAGGUGGUUUAGUUUCCACUGAAGAUGUUGAUUAGUAUAGAUGUUUAACUGACUAUUGGUCUGAAUUACUGAUGACAAACUGCACUUGACUAGACCAGCAUCCUAUAAUGAUGACCCUGAACCUGUCACUCACUCAAUGCCUGCUUUGCUUUGUGCUUCAAACCAUUUUUGAUUUACUCUAGAGCAACAAAUCAUAGAAUCCCUAGAAUGGUCAUGGGAUCCCUAUUCAAAUUGCUGAGGGCCUUUAUCCUAUCUAGGGAUUCUACUUCUAUGGGCCAAGUAACUGUUUCUCUGACAUCAAACCAGAGGCCUUCCACCAGCUGAGGUAAAACACUGGUUGGCCGUGUGUGUUAGAAUAAGGUUAUUUAUCGACUCUGAAUGCCACCAUUUUUCAGGGUGGUAUUUCACUAAGCAGGAUCUAUUUUGUGAUCCAGCUUAGUGACAUCCACCUGGGUGCUAAUAAAAUGAAGGGCUGUUGUUUCUGUUGCAUGCUACUGCUGACUCUGAUAUCGGUUUAUUUUUGUUUAUUUUCAGAAGCACCGUCUCAUGUCUUUGUUCUGAAGACUUGGCCCCGUAUCCUGGGUGGUUUUCCUCAUGUUUGGUCUUGUUUCUGUGGUUACAGAUGAUGUCAUAAUGGGGGUGGGAGUGGUCAUGACAUUGAUAUGAGGUAAUGGAGGAAUGAAUAGGUAAUUGAAGAGGGUCAGAGUCUCCGAAAACACAAAGACUCUAUUGAGUAGAUUACCGGGAUAUAACCGGUUCUUCUGUGAGGCUGCUGGGUCCUAGCCUGGUCCCAGAUCUGUUUGUGCCGACCAUCUGCCCAACUCCUAUGGUAGUUUGGUGUGACGAAGACCAUAAGAGUUGCCAAGACGACACAAACAGAUUUGGGACCAGUCAUGGGUUUUUGGGGUGUUAGUCAUGGACUAUAUUUGACUGAUGGUGGUACAGAGUUAACCUUGUGGAUGUGGACAUGUAUGUUAUGUGCGUGUCUGGAUGGAUGGAAAGGUACUGCAUAUGAAGAAAACAAUUUGAAUUACCUCAGUGGAUUGUGAAUAUAGUAAAUGAGUAUGUCCAUUAAGCCUUCCCUGUGGCUCAGUUGGUAGAGCAUGGUGUGUGCAACACCAGAGUUGUGGGUUCAAUUCCCAUAGGGGGCCAGUACAAAAACAAUAUGAAAAUAAAAAAUGCAAUGUAUGUAUUGACUACUGUAAGUCGCUCUGGAUAAGAGCGUCUGCUAAAUGACUUAAAUGUAAUAUAGAUUAUAGAGCCUUUGAAAAUAGUUUGAUUUAUUGCUCCAUGUCAGAUCAGGUUUCAAACUGAAGGUACGUGAGUCAAACACUGUCUUCACUAUUAGGGUACUUCGUGUUCAAAUGUGACCUUGCAUUGAGCCUCACUGAAGUAGAUUUUUCCAACAGGAGUGUCAUCUAUUCAGCAGAAACAAAUCCAACAGGAUUUGUAAUUGUGGUUGAACUUUGAGCCCUAAGGACAGUCCACUGUGUGGGGCAAUGACCCUGGAUGGACAGAAACAGGUGGUUGUCCCAACAGGGUUUGGGAUGAAGUUCUGUGAAUGCUGAGACAUACUCUUUCACAUACCAUAGUGAUGGACUCGACAGUUGAUACAACCACACUGCUGUGAGGCCAGGGCUAGUAGAUACUAUAUGUAUCUGGAAAUCAAGCCCUUUUCCACCAUAGGCACAGCAAGUAAGGGCCCUUUUUAUAUAAAUGGUAGCUAGAUUCUCCAGUGUCUUUUUCAAGCCGUUUCCAUGUGUAGCCAAGUGGCUGCCAUUUUCUAAGGCAGUUUGGUACAUUCCAAUUUGAGGGCUCUGCCAUUUGUACUCCAAAAUCCCAAAGGGACGCGCACAAUGCAUUGGUCAAAGCUGGACUUUAUCUUGUGUAUUUUAAAUGUCUCCUCACUGUAGUGUUUUGUAUACUGUUAGUGUAUUAUUACUGAAAGGGGGAGACUCUGAGACCACUUAUUGCAAUGAAGGGAACCCACUGGAUUUUCAUUUUGUACUGUAGAGAAUAUUUUAAAGUAUGGUAGAUGAAAAAUAGGUGACAUUAUUUAUAGAUUUAAAGCAGAUAUUGUUUGAGAAUGAAGGUUAAUGGUUGUAAAUGGUUAGAUGUAAUGGUUUAUUUAAAUUCCCCCAAGAUGUGACAGUUGAACUACUGUGGGCACUAUACUUGUAGACCUUUUGUAUGAUGUUUUGCCUGCAUUUCCUAAAGAUCUUUUCAAUAGUUAUCAGGGGAUAUGAAGUGAAUAGACUGUGUUCAGUGCCAGUGCUUCCAUGAACACGCUUGGUACAUUUUGUAACUGAUCAAACGAUCUACAAACAUAUCAAACAUUCACGUCUAGCUGGUGUAGAAAUUACACUGUAGCAAAUUACAAUAUCAUGCAAGUUACAGAACUCUCACCCAAUGGAGCAUGUCUGGGAAUCACUAGUACUGAAAGAUGUGGAAUCGAACCCCUUUUUGUAAAGUACUGUCAUUUACUUUAAAAUUGACACCCCCUUGUAAUUAAUGUCAAUAUUUUUGUUGAAAUGAGGUUGACAUUGUGGAGUCCAAAUUACGGCAGCUUGUUUAAAUGCGUAAUAAUUCCUUGAGGUUCUGUGACUUUGUGAAGGACUAAUGUUUGUCAAUGUUUCGAUGCAUUUUAUUUUGAGAAAAUAAAAUGAUUUUCUUUAGCAAUAAAUUGUUUUUUCAUUAUUAA